AUGCGAAGAAAGAGCACAAACAAAUUAGGAGGGUGGAUUCUCCUGCGUGCGAGCGAGAAGAGGGAGAACUCGUUGUCGGCGGAAAAUUCCGAUGAUAGAGGGCAGAAGAACCACACCGCCAACAUCGGUGUGUACAAGGUCGAUGGCUGUUGGGUGUUCAUGGGCAACAGUCUGGGCGAUGAAGGACCUGACGGCGGAAGGGCGGCGCUCAUGUGCACAUCGUGCGGCUGCCACCGGAACUUUGACAGGCCGAAAGUGGAUCCUUCUGCAGUUGUCUAA